AUCAAACCAACCACAAUCCACACACACCGUAUGAAGGAUUUCUUCCGUUCACUUAACACGUUUUAUUAAUGGGAGGUCAUCAAGUUGCGGGUUUGAUAAUAUCGAUCCGUCACUUCCCGACAAACAGCAAAACGCUUUACCGUGUCCGCGACUUAUUUUAUUCCUAGUCAGCACAUGGAUUCCCAAAGGCUGUGCACAGGCAAUCUGGUCAGAAUCACAAGACUGACCAGAAGCUAGCGCUCACUGACCCAAAUUUUAGAGGACCAUUAGCUGUUGUCACUUAUCAAAGAGGAAGAACUGCACGCUGGUCUUAUUUUAAAAAUGAGUAACAACAACAUUAGCACUGACUGGAUGUUUCCAAUUCUUCGGCAGCCGCCACAAUAUUGGAAACCGUUCAGCACCCUCACUCUUUCUUCUGUUGGACUCAUCAGCAAAGUUCUUAUCGGUGCUCUGAAUACUCGAAAAAUAUUUAACAAAGACAAACUUAUUGCGGCUCUGGAAGGCAGGCCAAAAAAUGUACCUCUCAUCACUGUGUCUAAUCACCAUUCUUGCGUCGAUGACCCUGGUCUGUGGGGAGCAAUGCUCAAAGGCUGGCGUCAUUUGUGCGACAGGAAAGUGAUGCGGUGGAGUUUGGCUGCCCACGACAUUUGUUUCACCAACAAAAUUCACUCAUACUUUUUCAUGAUGGGCAAAUGCAUUCCUGUUGUAAGGGGUGCUGGCGUUGAACAGGAGGCUCUCAAAUUUUGCUCGGAAAAGUUGUGCGAAGGUCAGUGGGUGCACGUAUUUCCUGAAGGACUGGUGAACAUGACUCAGGAGCCAAUGAGGAUCAAGUGGGGCGUCGGAAAGCUGGUUUGGGACUCCCCGAUCGAGCCCAUAGUAAUCCCACUUUGGCACGUGGGAAUGGAGAAGAUUCUGCCCAACACACCUCCAUACCGUCCAAGAACUGGCCAGAAGGUGACGAUUAAUGUUGGAGAUCCCAUUCAGCUAAGCGGACUGCUGCAUUCUCUACGGAAUUCGCAGACUGACAUGGUCAGUGCCAGAAAGGCAAUCACUGACGAAAUCCAAGAUAAGCUUUUAGCGUUACAACCGAUCACUGAGAAGCUGCACUUGGAAUGGACGUAUGGACGUAGUUAAGUAAUUUUUGCUAGUUCCAUCUCCUUUAGAGACUAAAUUGAAUCGCAGGUUCAAUCAAAUUAAUGCAUUAAUCUCAAGUAAUCAAUUUGAUUUCUUGAUUUUGAAAGAAAAAGUAUAUUAUGAUGUAUUGGAACGUUUUUGGUUCCACAUUUUGCUCAAUAUCAUUUUGGUUCUUAGUUCAGAAAAAUACGUUUUAGCGCUUUUUUCUAUGAUAUUUUUAAUAUUAUCUUUGUUAAUAUGAAUUAUUGAGUGAAAGGAACGAGGUGCCUUGAAUGAUAAUGAUCCUUUCACAUUUCUUUUGGUGCGAGACGAUUUUUGCAUUGAUGACUUUGUCUUUUGCGAGCGGGAAAUCUCGCAAUCUCCAAAUCGGGACAUUCCCAACGCGAGCGCGUCUGGGUCGGGUCUUCCUAUAAGCCUGCUGCUUCACUUGAGUGAUUAGAAUCCCACUGAUUUUUGUACUUACUUAGAUAAGCGUCCUCAAGAGAAUUUAACAAACCAAAUUUUACUGCCUUAGAUGAAAACUUGCGUAGGAUGCUUUCAAAUCGUUGUUGAAGUUUUAUACUGUUACGGCCAAAUAAAACUGUUGAAUUUCUUAAUUGAACCAAA